GCUAGUACUACAUGUCCCAUCGUGCUUUUUGCGUACGUGACGACAAGCACAGGGAAGUGGCGCGGGACGAUUGAAAAACUGCCACGCAAACUACGGAAGGCAAAUUUGAAGCUCGCAACUCGACCAGCGUUUCGAGACGUCUUUAAGUUUAAAAAAAAUAAAUAAAUAAGCCGUCAGUGUGGAACAAACACUUUGGUUGUUUUACGUUUCGAAGUAAGCGCGAACUUCAGAUGUUAGCUAGCUCGCCGUGAAAGUGGCUAGUGGGGAACGCUAUUCAGCGACUUUGCCAACACGUUGACAUAAGAUUGAUUUAUUCCAUUUAUUUUCGUAGAAACCAACUCUGCAAACAUGUCAUUUGCUAGAGGAGGGUGUCGACCGCAACACGGCAAGGGUUUGAAAAAGCCCCUUCGUCCCAAGAAGACAGCCGCACCUCCCAAAAAAGAGUGGGUGAGCACCAUCAGCGACCUGUCCGUGCACAAGCUGAGCCCCGCAGAGCUGAAUCAUCGGCACGAGAGCCGCAAGUCGCACAAUAAGGCCGCCGCUCAGUGCGAGCUCCGAGAGAAAGCCCUGAAAGCUCGCCUCGGGCAGGCUGGAAGUAGUCCUCUGGACAAGGCCACUCAAGCAAUCAUGAGAGAGGUGUUCUCUGACAAGCUGUUGCUGCAGGAUGUGCUGGCUCGCUCCGACAGAGCCAUGGCCGUGGUCAACGACCUGUUGGGAGACCCACCACGCAGGCAUACUGGACAUCCCACUGUGACGGUGGCCCCAAACUCGGACUCUACUUUUUUCCAGAGAUCCAUUGAGCUGUCAUCCCUCAGCGACUCCAUGUUGGAUCAACAGGCUCUCACUGAUCCAGAGGAGGAAGACUACUACUACAGUGAUGAAGAGCCCGCAGAGAGAAGGCUAUUCCAGAGGAAAAUAAAGUUGAACAAUAAGAUAGGAGUGAUUCAGCGCCAAAGGGUCCAUCAUGGUGUCGCUGAGCGCAGAUGGACGAGUCCUCUAUCUCCCCGCACUCCGGCCAGAGCACCAGCCCACACCGCUCUCAAUGCCACAGCGAUUGUCCAGCGUGUACGGUCCAGACACAACCACUCGGAGGAAGCCGUUGAGGAGCCUUCCUUCGUGGUCUCGGAAGUCCUCAAUGCUCAUCUUUCUCCCAGGCAGUCAGGUAGUUGUCGCUCCGCCAGGACCAGGAAGCGCGUCUGCAAGACCGCCGAGUUGAACGGCUCCCCCGUGGCCUCCCUCACUCGGGAGCAGUCCGGACUGGGCCUGCUGCAGACCAUGCUGGCCCAAGUGGAGCUCGACUUGGAUUCUAUGUGUCCGCAAACGUCGACGCAGAGUCGGCAACGCCCGGAACAAGGCCUCACUGGCUUCUCCGUGGCUUUGGUCUCCACACUGGCGCGCCUGGUACACCUCCUCAAAAAUCGCGAACAUGACUCUGAGAUUGCGGCCGAGGAAAGACGCAAGCUCGAGGAGAAGCUGAGAAAGCAACGAGAUCUGAUUGACGCUCUCACUGCAGAGGCCAUGACCUUGAGAGAGGAGACCUCCUGCCUGCAGGCAGAGUUGCAGCAGCGGACAGCAGCGCUGGAGAGGAAGUUGAACUCGGUGGUGUCGGCAAUGGCGACGCACCUCGGCCAACUGCAAGGCUCUGAUGUCAUAGCUACAGUUCAGCAGCCCGUUGCCGAGCGACCACCAGUUUCUGUAUCUCCUGCCAUCCGGCUCUCCUCACCUGUACAGGGAGAUGCCUGGCAGGCAAUUCCUGAGCCAUAUCUGGGGGCUUGCAACAAGCUCAGAGCCCACAGCUCGACGUCCAAUCUCGCCAGCCUCCCCGUCACGUCGCGACUCUCUCCCGAGGCCUUGGCGACCGAGAUCGCUGAGCUCUGCCGAGUCAGAGACGUGAUCAGUGCCCAGCUUAUCCGAGCUCGGAGCGUCGGGGGGUCGCCCAGCAGCAGCAGCAGCGUGGAGCAGAAGUGCUCGGGAUCCGGCGUCACAGGCAGAGUGACACCAAGCACUGCCAAACUCGGUCCACACGUCGAUCAACCGAAUCAUCAGGGGACGCCUACUAACAACAGCGUAAAUAUUGUGCAGCAGCGCCUCCUGGAGCUCAACAGGCAAAGCGCAGCAGCCAGGGGGCGGCUGCUGGAUCUCAUCGAGCAGCAGAAGCAGACCGUUACCGCCAGAGUGUCCCCGUCCGGCUCCCCUGUGCCCCCCUCGGCCUUCAGUCCGCAACCAUCAGGUGCGAGUGAAAGCGCUGACGGAUCCCUCCUAAUGCCGACAGAGGACAGACGAUCAGGUGGUUUACAAGUGCAUUCUCGGCAUUAUGAAGAGGCACAAAGGGAUGGAAGCACACAGCAAACGGACAACGGACGACGAGUACAGGAGGGCUGGUUCGCACGUUCCGCUCAUGUUCGAUGACGAGAAGACUUUUUUUUUUUCGUAAUUAAAUUGUUUUAAAUAUUAACUAUUACAGUGUCAUUUCUAGGGUUAGACACAAUGAUAGUUCUGCUUUUAUCACCAUUAGCUCCACUUUCAACAAAUAAAUCAUUGCUGUACUGUA